GCUUUAAUUAAGCUGCUUGAGGGCUGAUAGCUCUGCCUUUCCCUGGUAAUCAGCAAAAUGGCCCUGUGGCUGGGGAGGCCCUGGCAGCAGGAAGCCUUCAAGGAGCCAUGGGUCUGUGCUGACUCUGGCCUUACAACCUUCCAGCCUCCUUUGCUGGCAUUGAUGGGGUUCCAUUUUUGAAUGAACUAGUUUAAUGUGGAUCCAAAUUUAUUGUGCAUAUUCUUUCGUUUUGGUUUUCAAAAGAUGGCUUGUUCACAUGGAAAUGUACACCAGUUUAGCCCUGGGCCCUCCCUUUACCUUCGUAUGUGUAAAAGCUUACACAGGUUUCAGAAAAUAAAUGGUUUCAUUUUCUCUAAAAUAACUAGUACAAAAUAAAACAGAUGUCAGUUGUUGAGUCCAGCAGUACCUCUUUUUUCAUCCCUCCAGAUAUGGCAUUUUGGUUCUUAGGGGAACAAGACAGCUGUAACAUCAGCCCACUGGCAUCUGUUUUGGGCACUGAAGAGGAAAAGUGUUCAGUAGAGUUAAGAUUAUUGUUUCUCACGUCAGCACUGGGACCCUAGGGAAGGGCAGUGGUGUUCCUAAUGUUAACAAUCUAGCACUACUAUUCUUUUCCUCACCUCUCCCCACCCACUUUCUAAAACAACUUGAAGUUUUACAGAAAUCCAAGUUACUGUGAUAAAAUUUAUAACUCCAGAAAUAUUUGGAACUCUUGCCUUACAUUGAAAAUUUUUGAGAACCAUUGCCUUAAAUGAGAUUUAAUAACCUUGGACUUCAUCUGAAGCAUCAGUGCUAACAACUUCAGGAGUCAUUUGGGGCCUUAAACGGUUCUAUUUAGAAUCCAAGUCUUUUGGGUCUGAGGCCUUUUGUGACAUAUGUAGUCAGUUCUUGCUGUGAUGUGUGGGGUGGGUGGAUGCUGUUCAAAAGCAGAGGUCUGAGUGGGUGCCUCUGCUUGAGAGGGUUGGCCUUCUCUCUGUCUGCUUAAUGCCUUGGGAGGGAAUGCAAAUGGACACGUAGCUGCAGCAUAAACAGUAGGAGGGACAGGAACCUGGCAGACCCUCUGCCACACCCUGGGUCUUCUACGUUGUUCAUUUUGCUUUUAUCCUUCUGGGCUGCCAAGAGGCAUCCCGGGCCCAAAUCCUAGACAAAGCCACAGAAUAUAUCCAGUAUAUGCGAAGGAAAAACCACACACACCAGCAAGAUAUUGACGACCUCAAGCGGCAGAAUGCUCUUCUGGAGCAGCAAGGGGAAAGCGAGAGCUGAUCAAGUUCUUUGUUCCUGGGGAAUUCACUUCUCUUCCUCCCUCAUGGAAGAUGCAAGUAAAAGGAAAUUCCGUGCACUGGAGAAGGCGAGGUCAAGUGCCCAACUGCAGACCAACUACCCCUCCUCAGACAACAGCCUCUACACCAACGCCAAGGGCAGCACCAUCUCUGCCUUCGAUGGGGGCUCAGACUCCAGCUCGGAGUCUGAGCCUGAAGAGCCCCAAAGCAGGAAGAAGCUCCGGAUGGAGGCCAGCUAAGCCACUCGGGGCAGGCCAGCAAUAAAAACUGUCUGUCUCCAUCGUCUCAUCCUCCUUUCAGUUCAUUGGUAGAACCCUCAGAACCAUUUAAGAGACUCUUUAUUUUUCUCUUUCUCCCUUUUUUUUUUAAAUUUUUAUUUUUACGUAGAAGCUCUUGGACAACAGCUCUCGUUCUCCUUCCCCAUUUCCACUGUAUAUUUUUUAAUGUAUUCCCUUCAGGGAUUCCCUGUCCCCAACAGGAAUUUUUAAACCAAAACACCCCAACUUGGCAGCUUUUUCUGUGGAGGACAGACGACCGGCCGGACCUCUGAGCACAUAGUGUCCUGCCCACCCUACCAGCUCCUCCAGCCCUGCCGGGCACAUGCCCGGGGGAUGCCUGCCCUGCCCAGGUGGCCUCCUGGCCCGCCCUCACCUCUGAUAGACUUUGUGAAUCUGAACUGCUCUACUUUGAGAAGAUGACCGGUUUGGAGUAAUCAGAAUGAACCCUCCUCCUUUUUAAGGGUUUUUUUUUUUUUUCCUUUUUCUAAAAAGCUAUGUAUCGCUCCUAUUGAAAGACCAGAUCCUUAAAGAAGUUUGUGGUAUAAAAAGAAAGUGGGGACAGAUUCGCAGCACAGAGUCGCUGGCAUGUUUCACUCCUGCUUCUCUCAGCCAGCUGUUUAAGCCUGCGGCGCCAGCCUCACGGAGGGCCGUGUGACACUCUCGUGGUAUGUAUGGGAGAUGGCAGCAGUGAAGCAGCAGCCACCAGGGAGUGGCCAUUUGGGGUUGGGACAGGGAGGGUGUUUUGGGUGGCAUAGAGGUUUUGUAUUGAGGGCCAGUGAUGAUGUUUUGAUAUUUAUUUCCUGCUACUUAAAUUUGAAUCUGAGUGAAUUGUACCUAUUUCUGAUGAUGUCGGUCUUGCAAAGCGACAGAUUCAUAAAGUAAUGAUGAAAUCUUUCUUUCUUCCCGUGUGUAUUUCUAAGAAAUAGAGCCAGCUGAUUUUGUAUGUAAAUACCAAGAGCAAUUUACCUGGUACUAAACCCGCACCCCAGUGCGGACCCUUCCCAGCCCUCACCCCACUUCCUUUCCUACUGUCCUGGAACCUGUCUCCAUUGUGUGAUCCAGCCCUGGUUCUGGCUGUGGUCAGCAGAUCCCAGUGAAGGGUUUUGUGUGUUUAGGCCUCAUUUCUUUGUCUUUUUCCUACUCCGUUCCUGGCAUUUGCUGAUUUCUAGUGUAUACUCUGUAGUCUCAGUUCGUGUUUGAUUCCAUUCCAUGGAAAUAAAAAGUAUGUUGUACAUACUGCCGAAGAAUUGUCUUGCAAGUUAAGGCUUCCCCCUUUACUAUAAGACUAUAAAUAAAAACUUAUUUUAUCCUU